AGAGGCAGCGGCUGGCGCCCGUUUCCUGCUGGCCUGGCGGCGGCUGGUGCCACUACUCAGCGUUGGUCGGGCGGGAGAAUAAUGCGGCGCAGAUCUCGGCUGCUGCUCUGCUUCGCUUUCCUCUGGGUGCUGGGGAUCGCCUACUACAUGUACUCUGGGGGAAGCGCCGCGCUGGCCGGAGGCGGCAGGAAGGAGGAUCCAAAUAAUAUCAACACACUAAAAAAGAAAGAUCAACACAGCAAUGGGGAUGAAAAGUCACAAAACUUGGAGACCCUGCCUCCAGGAAAAGUUAGGUGGCAAGACUUUGACCAGGAUGGUUAUGUUGGAGUCACUAUGGUCAAAGCUGGUCAAGACCCAUAUGCCCGCAAUAAAUUUAAUCAAGUGGAGAGUGAUAAACUACGAAUGGACAGAAAUGUUCAGGAUACAAGACAUGAUCAGUGUCAACGAAAACAAUGGCGGAUAGACUUACCAGCUACUAGUGUAAUCAUCACUUUUCACAACGAGGCCCGAUCAGCUCUCCUUCGAACUGUUGUCAGUGUUCUCAAAAAAAGCCCACCACAUCUUAUUAAGGAAAUUAUAUUAGUAGAUGACUACAGCAAUGAUUCUGAGGAUGGUGCUUUAUUAGGUAAAAUUGAGAAAGUGAAGAUACUGCGAAAUGAUCGCCGGGAAGGUUUGAUGCGUUCUCGUGUUCGUGGGGCAGAUGCAGCACAAGCAAAAGUACUUACAUUCUUGGAUAGUCACUGUGAAUGCAACGAGCACUGGCUGGAGCCUCUCCUGGAGAGAGUAGCUGAGGACAAGACCCGAGUUGUAUCUCCUAUCAUUGAUGUAAUUAAUAUGGACAAUUUCCAGUAUGUGGGAGCCUCAGCUGAUUUAAAAGGCGGCUUUGAUUGGAAUCUGGUGUUCAAGUGGGAUUACAUGACACCUGAGCAAAGAAGAGCACGGCAAGGAAAUCCAGUUGCUUCCAUAAAAACACCAAUGAUAGCUGGUGGACUCUUUGUGAUGGACAAACUUUAUUUUGAAGAGUUGGGAAAGUAUGAUAUGAUGAUGGAUGUAUGGGGUGGAGAAAAUCUAGAGAUUUCAUUCCGUGUGUGGCAAUGCGGUGGGAGUCUUGAAAUCAUCCCGUGCAGCCGAGUUGGUCAUGUCUUCCGCAAGCAACAUCCUUAUACCUUUCCAGGGGGAAGUGGAACUGUUUUUGCAAGAAAUACACGCAGAGCAGCAGAAGUCUGGAUGGAUGAAUACAAAAACUUCUAUUAUGCAGCAGUGCCUUCUGCCAGAAAUGUACCUUAUGGCAAUAUUCAAAGCCGAAUGGAGUUGAGAAAGAGACUUAACUGCAAACCAUUCAAGUGGUACCUUGAAAAUGUAUAUCCUGAACUAAGGGUACCUGAUCACCAGGAUAUAGCUUUUGGGGCUUUGCAGCAAGGAACUAAUUGCCUUGACACAUUAGGCCAUUUUGCAGAUGGCGUUGUCGGUGUUUAUGAAUGUCAUAAUGCUGGGGGAAAUCAGGAAUGGGCCUUAACAAAGGACAAGUCAGUGAAGCAUAUGGAUUUGUGCCUUACGGUGGUAGAUCGAACUGCUAGCUCACUCAUCAAACUUCAGGGCUGCAGAGAGAAUGACAGUAGACAGAAAUGGGAACAAAUAGAAAGCAAUACCAAACUGCGGUACGUGGGCAACAACUUGUGUUUAGACAGCCGAAAUGCCAAAAACGGCGGUCUGACUGUUGAAGUCUGCAGUCCUUCACUGUCUCAGCAGUGGAAGUUCACACUGAAUCUACAGCAGUAGAAACGCUCAGACAGAUGUAACUGUCUCAUUUCCUAAACCUUGGGCAACAUUUUGAUUGCAUUACUGAUACUUUAUAUACCUCAGUAUUCCAUCUUUUUCUGAAAAGUGAAGGUGAACAUAAGGAAAUCAAAGGAACUGGGGAUCCUGCCAUCAUCUGAUCAAAUGUAGCUGAAGCAGUGCUCAUCCCCCUCCCAC